AGAAUAUCGGACUCCAUCGGAAUGCGAAUACGGUCUUCUUGGUCCCGUGAAUAAAAGGUACUCGACAUAGGAGAGUGAUCGUGCCGUUCGAUAGUCGUGUCAAGGAAUUGAUCGGUUGUAAUCAUUUGAAAAGAGAGAAUGAUCUGAAAAGUCUUUAAGAGAGACCCAUUUGCCCCAGAAGAGAGACCUGAACAAGCGUUUUCCACCCAUCUGAAGAUUUUUCUUGUUUCAAAAAUGACUUCAUCUUGUAGCUUUGUAGUUUGUAUCGCCAUCGUCGAUGGUAUUUCGUUUGGUUGUGCAUAUCGUGCGUCAAUUUCGUGUUGAUCGGAUCGCUUUAAAGAGGGUGUUGUGCUGGACCAUCUUUCAUCUCUUGACUUGUCACUACUGAGAGUAUCUUCUUCUUUGUACUUCUAACGCGUCCACCUAGUAGUCGUACCUGUCUGUUGCAUACCUUCUUAGUCGUCACGACAUGUAGUGGUUCUUGCAUAUUUUUUUCUUGAAGCAUAUUUUUUUCUUGAAGUAGUAGUACCUCUAGUACUUCUUCUACUUGCUUAGAAGAGACGCACGAUCCAAGAAAAUGUUACCUCCGGUCCGACACCGCACCCAGAUGGGUGACAUUUUGUCGUGGGCAGGAGGACGACCACAGGACGAAAACUCUCCUCCUAAGCUGCCUCUAGGAGCCGCAGGAGGUGGAAAUCAAAUUGUACCACCUCAAUUCAAGCCAAUGUACAACAACUUCCGUAGUCCGCCACUUGGUGUCUAUCGCGAUUUUGUGCCUCAACAGCCAGUCGGAAACCCACCACCUGCAGGAGGUUCAGGAGGAGGAAACCCAAUAAAUCCUGCAUCUUCUGGAGGACCACCUGGUGGCGGAGGGCCAGGAGGCUCUUCUCCUCAAACGUUGAAACAACUGCCGAAGGAGCUGCUACAGAACCCGGAUCUAUUGCAGAAGCCUUUGUCAGAGGAACAACAAGCGUCGCAUCAUGCGGCGGCGCAGAACCAAGGCUUGCAGAAUCAGAUUUUUUCGCUGGAUUAUGGCGUAGAACUAGAACAACUAGUGAUAGUGCUGAGAAGUACUCGUUUUUGGUUUAUUUACAACAGUAGUUACACGACCUAAAGUAGAAUUUACUACAACCGGAUUUUUAGUACAACUAUUUUUAAUUCACAACUUUAUGAGUUCCAUCGGAGGUGUGGGUUGACUUACUGUUACAGACAUCACCACGACGAGUUCUAGCUACUUUCGUACUUUAUAGUACAGAAGAUGCCAACAAGUAGCUUCGUCCCGCCCAACUUUUUACAUGCGUUAAUACACGACUUCUUACUGGUCUUACCAUCUAAUCCUUGCGAAUCUGCCGGUUGCUCACGGAUCGCAUAUCGGUUCUGGAAAACAAGAACGGAAACCUCUCUUCACAACUAGACGAACGAGCCAGAACGGACGCAGAGAUAAUAAGGAAGCUGCAAAUUAACGUUAGAGAAUUGCAGGAAGGACAUUCGGGAUUCGUUCGAGAUGUGGCAAGUACAACUGCUACUUGUCCUCGUUAUACUUAAUAAUUAUUUUUCAAGUUGUAGAACAAGGAAAUGAUCAUUUAUUAGACAUCAACUUGUGAUAAAUAAUUCAUUUAGUAGACUUGUUGUUGUUAUGAUUCUUUCAAGAAGAUGGACCACAUGGAGGUGGUUUUACCGGUGUUAUUUCUGGCAAAAGUUUCAGUGGUAAAAAGUGGAGUGAUUUUGUCGGACAAGAGUAAUAUGGACUUUUCUGGAACUACAUUCUUCAUCUGAAGAAGAAUUCUAUGGUCUUUCCUCCAUGAAAAGAAUAAUCUUCAAAAACAUGAUCCAAGGUAAACUUUCUGGAACUACUAUUCAAGGUAAACAAUAACUUCCAUGAAACAAUAACUUCCGGAAUAAAACAUGAUCCAAGGUAAACUUUCGCAGCACGAGGAGCACAAAGUCCGCAGUGAGAGGGAAAGUAGCACAGUCAAGGAGUCUGUGAGGGGGCUACAAAACGAUUUCAGAGAUUUCGCGGUCCAGAGUGUCUACCGUCAACGCCAGGAGACUGAACAGCUUAUCAAGAACCAAUUCGCAAAACAUCAGUUUCAGGUACUAUUUUUUGUGAAACAUACAUGUUAAUCCAGAAGCAGUACCAGAGGUGGACUUACACGAAGAAGGCGAUCCUGAACUUGAGGCUGAACAAUAUGUAGACGCACUUGACGAGCAACUAAUCAAUUGAUUACUGAACAGCUUAUCAAGAACCAAUUCGCAAAACAUCAGUUUCAGGUACUAUUUUUUGUGAAACAUGUUGUCAACAUGAUGUUGACAGUUUCAGGUUCUUUCUCCUGCUCUACAGAAAAUUCUUAGAUCAUCCUCCGACUUACGAAAGUAGACCCCCAUCGCCAUCCCACCAAACACGAAUACCAGGAAAACGACGCUCGCGCUGACGUGAAACGGCAACAGGAGGAGUUGACAGAGGGUCACGGGCGUCUAAACGCGUUGCUAGAGGAUAUGGAACAAGCUCAUGCGGCUUUUAAGGGAGAUGCGAGAGCUCGAAUCGUCAACCUAGAAAACGCUAUUCUCUGCAAAGACGAAGGUAGUCGUAGUGGAGAAGGAAAGAUGAUGGGAGGCUUCGCGUUUAGAGAACAUGUGGAGCAACUGAGGGUACAACUGAUCCUUGAUCUGAGGAAUUUUUCAGUCGCUGGCAAAGCAAGUUCCCGUCUGAAGUUACUUCACAUGAUUAACUGUCUUCCAGUUCCGCACAAUUCACACACUUUUUAUGUUUUCCGCACUUUUUAUCUCCACUACAGGCUCAAGUCUCCCAGCUCGGUAAAGACUUCACCGACACGGUGAUCGAACUAGAAAAAGACCGGAAGACACGAAGUGCCAUCAUUGCGGAAUAUGAAGAGCGGAUAAAGAACCUAAAUGAGGACCUGGCUACCCAGAAACAGGAGAUGCUCACGAUAGUUGAGCAGAGACAAGAAGUCUUGAUCUCGAAGAUAGAGAUGGAGAAGCAUGAGGUGUUGGCGAGACAAGCAGAAAUCCGAGAGGAAUUGCAGGGCGUCGACAGUCUGAACGCCGUGAGUAUUUCCGAUAUGGAGCUCAAGUGCGGCAACAAGAUAGAGAUGAUGCAAAAGCGGGAGGAGGCAGAGAGGGAUGCUUUAAGGGCAAUCGUGGAUAGCAAAUUGAAUCAGGUAAGUACUUCUUCUAUGAUUUUUAUUAUCUUCUACGUCAAAAGUGUGAUUUUAUUUAUCAUGAUUCGCUAUCGCUUGUUUAUGCACCAACAAUUUUUCUUGUUCUACAAUCCACCUCAACAGGUAGUCGGACAAAUCGCGCGCACGGAGACUUUAAGACAAGACGGUCUAACGGCUCUCUAUGAAAAAAUUGAGGAGUUUCAGCAAAAGCAGAUUGAAACGGUGAAAGAAAUACGUGGAGAAGUGCACGAAAAUGUGAGGGAUGUUCAGGUACUACUUCCACGUCAAUCUACUUUGUUGAUUCUUUCGUCUACAUUUUCGUGACGAGGCUUCUUCAUCUACCUCACAAUAUUCUACUUCAUCUCUUUGUUAUAUAUCCUCACAACAUGAUCCGACCUAAGUACUUCGUGAGUGUGGAAAUUAUACAGCACUCCUGUGAUGAAAGAAUAAUUGUGAUGGAAGAUAACUACUCGUACUUCCACCUCCAGCCCUAACCCUGUUCCACCUCCAGCCCUAACCACCUAAACUAAACCCAGCCCUUACUAAACAAACCCUAACUAAACGACCCAGACCUUAUUCAAAGACGAGAUGCGGCAUCGCAUGGAAACGGAACGCAAAAUGACGGAAAGCGUGCGGGAGGUAGUGAAGAACCUGUCACAAUCUCAAGCCAGUGCAUUCGAGCAGUUGAGUGAACGGUUGCGGCAACUGAGCGACGCUCUAGGCGAGACCAGGAAGGAGGGCUCCGAAAGGGCGGAAAGAAUGAGCAGAUAUGUGGACGAAGUCGUGGCGAAAUGGAGAUUGGAUUUAUGAAGUAGAACUAGAAAGAUGCAUGUUUUUCAAUUGAUGAACAAGAAGAAUCUACUCAUUUCUCAAGUAGACUGCUCUGUACUAGUUGUAUAAAAUAACGAAUAUCAUCCUAACCCUAAGCUCAUCUAGUGCUAUUAUUUCUGUUUUGUCAGAGGAGUCCCAACUACUCCAGAUGAAUAUGCUUCUAAUUGCCUACUCCCGCCAGUGCGAGGCGUACGACGCGCACUUGAACAGAUUGCAGGAACGCCUCCAGGACCUCCUCCAGGCUGUGGACCGAACUAGAACUGCAUUGGAGGAGACUAUUUCGCAUACCAGGACGCAUCUGAUCGAGCGCCAAGACGCUGCAACUGAGAAAGCAGAGCAAGCCUUGACUGCACAGGCAAAGAGGCUGGACGAACGCUGUUACAAGAACGAAAAAAGGACGGCUGAUGAGUUUGAGCGCGUGAAGACUCGUGCAGACCGACAUGCGCAGGAAUUCGAUGAGUCGAUUGCCGCUGUCCAUCGUGCAAUCUUAGGCUUGUCGAAAGACAAAUCUCUUAUCGGCGCCAACAUCGUGGUCCCCUUGCCUAGUUGGGACAGGCCAUUGGAUUCAGCAAGGAGUGGAGGAGGCUCUUCUGGGGGGAUGAUGAACGGCCUCAUGAAGGUGGAUCUUGGCACUUACGUAAAUAAGGGUCUAGAUGAAGUAGACCCGCCAAGUCGUAGUGCAUCUUCAAGCGGUAGUAAACCACCAACCACAUCAGGAGGAAGAGCAAAGGAUAGAAACAACGGCUCUCAGUUCAUGAAAGCACCUGGCUCAGCAACUGCUUUGAGUGACAACGAAAUUGACCAAGGAUCACGCACUGGUGGUUUCAACAGUAGUCAUUUUGGAGGUGGGGAUACAUUGGCGUUGUCAAAUACCUUUGACAAUUUGGAGAUACCGCGUGACCAACUGAGUCCUUUUGAUGCAGGAACACCUCCAGAGAGUGGCACACAAGAACCGCCGCCAUUGCAAUUAAACAUGGGAAUGGGAGGGGGAGCAUCGUCAUCUUCUAUAGGAGGUCCUUCGCCUCAAGCAGGAGGGAAUCCCCGGCUAGCAUUAGAUGCGGACUCCGAUCCGAGCUUGACAGAUUUGGGACUGUAUCUGAAUACGGAACUGAAGGAUGGAAUGCUUGUUAUGAGAAACAAGGAUGAAAAAUGGGUUCGUGUAAGUACUUGGUUUCAACAGCAGCUGGUGCUGUGUUGAUCGAUACAACGUUUUUUCUUGCUCUCUUCCAGCAGGUAUAUCUGUAUCAUGGUUUUUCACUCACAUAUCUGAGCAUGUACGGUUCUGGUAUUUGGUAACCUCCUGAGUUCGAUCACAAGGGUCGUUCUGUUCUUGUUUUCCCCUUAUGAUCACACUGAGGAGGUUGCCAAAUACCGGAAGCAUUCAGAGCAGCAGUACCUUUCCCCCUCUAGUAGUGCAUCUUCUUCUCCCAUCUCUAAAUAAACCUCUCGCUCAACAAACGGCAACAAGAAAUUCGCAAAGGAAGCAGGCGGUGCCGAGAAACCGACGGCUUUGGCAGGCGUUACGGAGGCUGAUAGGGAAGAGGAUCGGGAGGGAGAAGUCGAGAAGCAGAUAGAAGGAGAACAAAAUGCAGUUGCAGGAGAGGCAGUAGAAGCGUCUGAGUCUGUUGUGGUGGAGCAGAGAGGAACUACGGGAGAAGAUGUUGAGGCGAAGAAGAGUGAUGUCGGAGCAGGUGAGGAUGCCGAAGCCGUUGUGGGGUCUUCAUCUGAAGUAGCGGCACAAGAAGCAGAACCUCCUACACCACCAGAGCUGCUACUCGGCACAAGCGAGAACAACAUCGAGGGAGCACCAGAUGCAUUAGCAGCGGGAAACUCGUCUGAAGCAACAAUUCAUCUGUCGCUUCAUGCGGGCCUAAGCGAAGGACUGCAUGAAAAUGCACCGCUCAGCGGCCGCACUGCGGGUGACAGUUUACAGGAACAGAUAGGAGGAAGUAGUGCUAGUGCGUCUGCUCUCGCAACUCCUCGUCUUCCUAAAGAAGAUGUUGCUGUGAUCAGCGAAGACGUCCCAGGAGGAAAGGAUAGUACUCAGGAAGAUGAAUGUCUUCAACAAGUAGAUCAAGUAGAGGCUGCUGCACCCUCAGUGGAACAAGAAGCUGCUGUGGAACAAGAAGCUGCUGUGGAACAAGAACCAGAGCCAUUUGCGAUGCUGAUGAAGCCUGGCGCAAUUUCAGCCUUGAAUAUGGGCGGCGGGGGCGAAGAGGAAAUGGAUGCAGUGACUGUCAGGGAUCAAGAGGAACUGAGGGAGCAAGAGGAACUCUUCUCUCCUGAGAACAGCAGGGGAGGAGGUGAUACAGCUAGGGAUGACCCAUUUCCAACAUCUGCUAGGGAUCACGCAGAGGAGCAAGAGGCUCCUGAAAUCUCUGCGGGCAAAGCAGUAGAUGCUGAAGCAGAGCAAGUAGUACAACUUCAGGGUGGUGACGAAACUCGAGCAGUAGAUGCUGAAGCAGGGCAAGUACAACUUCAGGGUGGUGACGAAACUCAAAAAAAUCUCGAAAAACGUACUUCUGCCCCUGAAGUUCCACCACCAGUAGAAAGAAUAGAAGAGAAGCCAGUACCAGAUGAACAAGAGCAGAACAAAGUGUCCCUGCCAGUCGCUUCUGAGCAGGAGGAGGAAGUGAGAAACCGGGAACAGGAACCGUCUGCGGAACAGUCUGCGAGCUCAAGUGGUAGUGGAACAUCUCCAACGUCUAAGUCGUCUACUUUGAAAUCAUCAAUAUCCAAGUCAAAAGGGUCUGUGAAGACAGAAGAACAAGUGCAGGGUGAAGCUGAAGAGUAUCCUGCUAUAGUAGAAGAUGGAGCUGGAGGUGUUAAGGACGAAGGGGAAAAUCAAGAGCGAGCACCAGAUGAAGCGCCGCUGGCUCCCCUUGAGGCAAGUCGUGUAGCUGAGGAAAAUGAAAAAUCGGGGCAACCAGCACAAGAAGCCCUCAAUACAUCAGCAGUAGAAGCAGCUCCAGUAGCUACAACAACUGAACAAGUCCAGGAAGAACAAGCUGAAAGCCCUAAGGCUUCACCGAAGGCGGGUUCAUCCUCUAGUCCUGGUAGCUCUCCAGGAUCUUCUAGCAGUGGUUCCUCGUCUGAAGAAGGGUCUUCGUCUGACGAAGAAUCUCCAACAUCUUCAUCGCCCGCUAGCUCGCAGAAAAAACAAAAUAAGUCCAAAUCUUCUACGGAGGAGAAGGCUGGGACCGCGUAGAGGAGGAUGAGGAGUUGGUACGAUGAGGAGUUGGAUGAGGAGUUGCGACUUUCAGGAGGGUCAUUGUCUUCUAGUAAUGGUGCUUCGCGAAUAAGGAGCUAGAAUCGUAGUACGUCAUUAUCUUCUACUAGUAAUGGUGUUUCGCAAAGAAGGAGCUAGAAUCGUAGUACGUCAUUAUCUUCUAGUAAUGGUGUUUCGCAAAUAAGGAGCUAGAAUCGUAGUACGAAGAAGUUUUCAAUUUCGUCAACGUCUAUGAAACCUUAGUCUUACAGCUUGAACUUUCAUUCACAACUCAAAACAAUUCUAACAAGACGAAAUACUUAUGGUUAUUUAUGAUUCCUACUCUAAAAUCAAAAAAUAUGAACUAGGAGAACUUUUUUUACGCUAAAUCCUGAAGAUAGUGGUUGUCUUUCCGUCUAAAUUUCCUUUACAUUGAAUGCUGCUUAAUACUGUUCCACCAAUUUGAAUUUGCAUUAGAACUCUUUUUUCUAUCUUCUUUCGAAAGAACUUGAAUUUCUCAACAAUCAUGAGGUAAAACAAUUUCUCGUUGCGCUACUCCUGCCGCAGCUCAUUUUUCACUUCGAUAGUCGUCUUUUAAUCAUGAUACAAAAAUCGAUCCCUUUCAUCUCCGAAGACAAACUACAAGUGGUCUUUUGUUUUUUCAGAAACUAGAAACUCGAUGUCGAUCCCAUUAAAAAAAUGCUGCAGAUGUAUGCUCCAUUCCGUAAACACAAAGAUGCUUUGUUGGUAUGUCUUUUUCUGAAUCCUUCUGUUAAGUCAGUGUAUAGAUGUGGCGCUAUGCUACAACGUUUUGUGAUUUUCACUCCGCCGUGGGUCCCACGGCGUGGCAAUACUGCAGUCAAGCUGAU